CCAACAAAACGAGGUAAUAAGUCCAAUAUUAUUCUAUGUUUUUAUUUUAGAAAUAUUAACAGACAUUUUGUUAGGUGGGACCCAAAACUGGUCUAUUGAACGUAGAUCUAAACGUCUUAAUAAUGCAACUACAACUGUUUCUUUACAAGAAACGUCAAGCACUAUGCCAAUUGAACGUAGACCUAAACAUCUUAAUAUCAAGUUGCAACUACAACUGUUUCUUUGCAAGAAACGUCAAGCACUACCCCAAUUGAACGUAGACCUAAAUGUCUUAAUAGUGGAAAAAGCUGUUUCUUUACAAGAGAUGUUAAGCACCACCCCAAUUGAACGUAGACCUAAACAUCUUAAUAAAACAUUAAGCACCACCCCAAUUCUUUCAAGACAGCAUACUCCUGAAAUUAGUAGAUCUCCAUCUGAAGCUAGCAGCACUUCAAUUCUCUCUGACCAAUCUAAUUCUGAAGUUGGUAUCACCUCAUUUGAAGUUAACGGUGUUUCUAAUCAACAAAAUUCUGAAACUAGUACCCAAGCACUUGAUCUGAAACCUAUCUAUGAUGUUUUCGAUCAACCGUGGCUCCAAUGUACAGCAGAUCCUAUUCCUUUUUCACAAACCUAUGAACUGGAAUCAACUUCUGAUUUAUAUGAGGAACAGUACCCACGCCGGACAAGUACAUUUCUAGAUACAACAAAUCAACCAUUUACUUUGACUCUUGGACCAGUUAAUAUAUUCCGUCAAGAUGUAUCGGUAUUUGAGAUUGCAACAUUUGUUGCAGAUCAUCCUGAAAUUCUUUCUAUGGCUAACAUGAUACAUCAAAGUAAGCAAAGAAGCUGGGAUCAAUCGUCUGUACUUAAAGAACAUCUAAUCAGAGAACAAUCAACAUUAUCACAAAAUCAAAAUAAAGAACAACAAUUAAUUAGUGAAUCGACUUUAGAGGAAUUAAAGUGUCUUUUCCUUCGAACUCGUAAUCCGGUACAAAUGGCAUUCGACCAGUUGGUAGCCACAGUAUUACCAACUUCUAAACUUGCAGAUGACGACUUCCAUCAGCUUCUCGAAAAGUCUAAAGCAAUGUUCAAUGAAUUCUGUUACACUUUUAAUAAGAAUCUCAAAAAUCUCGCUGAUGAAUAUAUUAAGAAUUCUAGAUUAAGUAGAUAUAUCGACUACGAUGUUACAAAAAAGGUUCUAAAUAAAUACCUUUCAAAUGCUCGAGAAUCUGAGUUCACGGAAGUAACACAAAAUGCAUUAAAAAAAUUUACCUAA